AUGGAUACUUUAACAAAUUCCCAAGAUUAUUCAAAUGUCGAUUUAUCAUUAGAAUCAUUAGCAGAAGAAUUAUAUAAUAUUCAAUCAUUUAAUAAAGAUGUAAUUUUAGAUAGUUUUGAUAUUGAUGAUUAUGAUCAUACUCAAUUAGAUACAACAAUUGAUUUUAAUAAAUUUAAAAUUGGAUUAACAAUUUUAAAGAUUUCAUCAAAAGGUAAACCACAAAAAAAGAAAUUAAUAUUUGAUUUAGCAAGAAAUCAAAUUGUAUGUGGUAAAAAGAAAAAAGUGAAUUUCUCAGAGAUUGAUGAGAUUAGGGUUGGUCACAAGACCAACAUUUUCAAUCAAUUUAAAUCAUCAAAGAAUUUAAAAGAGGAUAUCGAAUCGAUUCAACAAUCAUUUUCAAUUCUAUUCAGUGGUAAUCUUAGAAAGACAAUGGAUUUCGUUUGUAGUGAUAUUCCAGAACGUAGACAAAUAGUGUCGGCAUUGUAUCAUGUGGUUCAAGAAUCAAAGAGUGUCAAUAACGAAUACAAUUUCGUUAAGCGUGAAUGGGAUAGAGUUGGCAAAGAUUCCAUCGAUUUCUCGACAUUGAAGAAGAUAUUGGCCAGACUCAACUUCACCACCUCUGACGCCGUUCUCCACAAUCUUAUGAAAUUCAGCGAUUCCAAUAGCGACUACCAUUUGGACUUUUCUGAAUUUUCCAAUCUUCUUAAACUACUCCGUAGUCAUCCAGAGAUGAAACCUGUAUUCUAUAAAUAUAAUGGUGGCAAUGGUGAAUGGGUGCCAAUUCAAGGUAUGAUUGAUUUCUUUAGAAUUGAGCAAUCUGAAGUGUGGACUGUUGAACAGUGUAGAGAUUUAAUUAAAAAGUAUCAUCACGAGAGAUUGGAUUGUAUUUCAUUUGAAAAUUUCGAGGAGUUUAUUUGUGGUGAAGCAAACUUGGCACAAUACCCACACACAAGUACUGUCUAUCAAGAUACUUCCAAACCGUUGUCCUACUAUUUCAUAAAUUCAUCCCAUAACACCUACCUUUCAGGCCACCAAUUGAAAGGUCUUUCCACCAGUGAAAUGUAUACAAAUACACUCAGACAGGGUUGCAAAUGCGUUGAAUUGGACGUUUGGGAUGGUAAUGAUGGUGAUCCAAUCAUUUUCCAUGGUAAUACAUUAACAAGUCAAAUUAAAUUCUCUCAUGUUUGUGAAACCAUUAAAGCUAGAGGAUUUGAAACUUCACCAUAUCCUGUCAUACUCAGUUUAGAAGUUCAUUGUUCAGUACCUCAACAAAUCAUGAUGGCAAAUCAUAUGAAAGAAAUUUUUGGUGAAAUGUUACCAACUCCAUUACCAGAGGGUACAAAAGAAUUACCAACAUUAGACUCAUUAAAAUAUAAAAUUUUAUUGAAAGGUCAUACUUCUCAUACUCAUGUGAGUGCUGUUGGUAAUUCAUCAGCAUCAUCAUCUCAAUCAAAUAUUCAAACUGAUGACAAUGAUGAUGAUGGUGCUGUUGAUUUAACAGAAUAUGAUGAAGUUGAUGAUAGAAGUGCAUCAUCAUCAUCCUCAUCAUUCUCUUUAUCAUUUGGUAGUAGUGGUAAAAAGAAGAAAAUUACAAAAAUUAAAAUUGCACCAGAAUUUGAAGAAUUAAUUUAUUUAGUUUCACAUGGAUUUAAAUCUGGUAAUACUACAAAAGAAAUUCCAUCAUAUAAAAUUCAUUCAUUGGUUGAGGAGAAAGUUAAACAAUUGGUACAAUCUGAACCAAGAGAGGUCGUUGAAGCAUCACAAAAUCAUUUACUUAGAGUUUAUCCAAGAGGUACUCGUUUCGAUAGUAGCAAUUUUGAUCCAAUGCCAGGUUGGAGUAUUGGUUGUCAAUUGGCAGCUUUGAAUCAACAAACUUCAUCGGAACCAAUGUGGAUCAAUGAUGGUAUGUUCUCAGAUAAUGGUGGUUGUGGCUACGUUUUAAAACCACCUUGUCUUUUACCAGGUGAAUGUGAAACUUAUGACCCUACCUCACCAGAGAGAAUCAAGUCAAGUAAAUACUCAAGACUCAUAGUAAAUGUAAUUAGUGCAAGACAAUUACCAAAGUAUACUAAAUCAACUAAAGGUGAAGUCAUUGAUCCUUAUGUUACCCUAUCAAUCGUUGGCACUCAUUUCGAUCAAAAAGUUGAAAAAACUAAAGUUAUCGACAAUAAUGGUUUCAAUCCACAUUGGGGUGAAGAAUUUGAAUUCCCACUUUACAAUUCUCAAUUAUCAAUGUUAUUAAUUCGUGUUGAUGAUAAAGAUAAAGUUGGUCACAAUAGAAUUGGUCAUCAUUGUAUUAGAGUUGAAAAUAUUAGACCAGGUUAUAGAAUCUUAAAAUUAAAAAAUAAUUUUAAUAGAACAAUUCCAUUAGCUAAUUUAUUAUGUAAAUUUACAUUUGUUGAAUAA